AUAAGUCAUAUAAAUUAGAAGCGUAUAUUGGAAGCGUAAAUUAAAAAUUUUUUUCUUCUUAUCUCUCUAAGAAAAAUCAAGCAUAUAGAGAUCGAACAAAUCUCAUUCGAUUUGACGAAAAUCUUGUUGCAAAACAAGUUUAUAUUUGUUGUUAUAAUUUCACCUUCCUUGAAUAACACGUACAUAAACAUGAGUCGUUUUGGGAAAUCAAGAAUUUCUCUCGCAGUGUAGUACGCGUUUUCAAAUACUCACUACACAUUACAUGUGUCGUAAAUUUAUAUUAUAGAUUAUUUAUACGUAAAUUGUCAUUUUAUUUGUACGUAUAUUCAUGAAAACUCAUUUGUGUUACGACGAAUUAUGUCCAGUGGAUAAGAGCGUCAUUAAAGAAAAAACUUGUGUAUUUUGUUCUUGGGCAUAUGCCAAAUCGAGUAAAAACUUGGUGGAAAAGUGAACAUUAUGUUUUUAUGUAUUUACACUUAAUUGCAAGAGAAGAGAUCAAAGUUCAAGUAUGGAUACAGAUGAUAGUUCUAACAAUUCAGAACCGAACAUUCAGUAUACAAGCUUAGAACUGAGAGAAACAAUCUCUAUGCUGAAAACAUACAUUUCUCUGCUGGAAAGUGCAACGGAAACUUCCAAAGUCGAUCAAUCACAGGUUGCGAAAGAAUCAUGGAAAUUAUUGCACGAUGCUGCGACAUCUCAUGAUGAAUCGGACGUGCAAACGGAAUUGUGCCGUAAUAUUUCUCAGUUCGCGAAAGUACAGUGCAUCGACUUUGAACGAAAUUCGAGAUUUAUUUUCGAAAUAUCUAACCCUGGAAAUAUCACGAGGAAUGAUUCAUACACGAUGGAGGUAUUGAUAGAUGGCGAUGGCCGUGGAAAGUUAGGUAAAUGUGUACUGCCUGAUUUCAUCAACGUGACCGACAUAUUAUGGCGGUAUCCUAUCGAUGAUUUGAAUAACGUAAAACACAUUUUAAAAACUUGCCAGCUCAACAUUGACUGUUACUUCCGCCGAUUAAAACAGGUUAUUGAGUUGAAGAACUUAUUUUUAAAGAUUCAAAACGGCUUCAUAUAUCACAAUAAUAAUGUUACUUUAAUCAGAUUGGCAAUGCACAACGUGAAAGACGUUUACACUAGUGAUACUCAUGACGCGGCAGUGUAUUUGCAUUAUCACACUGACGAAACAAGACCUUACAAACUGUCUGCGACUACAAUUAAUGUAGAAGGAAAGCGGUCAUUACUUCACAGAAGAUUGAACAUGUAUUUCAUGCCUUUCUUGAAGAAGGAUUUGAGCUUGGCAUUUAUGCAGAUUAUAAGCUCGUACGUUGAAUUUAUUUGGCAAAAAGUUAUAGUGGAGAGCAAAGAGAACGUAGAACUAUAUGAAUAUGAGGACAAAAUAGAGACUGAGGAUGAUAGUGGAUAUGUAGACAUUUAUCUUUGUCGAAGAGACAAAAGUCUGAAGAGGAAAGAGGGUGAAAUGUAAUUCUUCGAAUAAAGAUGAAACAGAAAUUGAAAGUCUUAGUUAAAAAAAAAAAAAAUAAAACACUAAUGCAAUGGGAGAUGAUUUCUUGGAAAAAGAACGAAGAAAUUAAGUCGUAUAAAUGAAUAGUUAGCAAAGAAAUAGUAAAAUUACAUGAAUUUGAAAAAAAUUCUGCAGGUACUGAAAAAUAAUCGUCGAUAGCAUGCUGUAGAGAAAAUAGUGAUUAAUUUUAAUUACAUUUUUAUUUGUAUAUUUAAUUUAUUUAUGUAUUUAAACAACUACAUUUAUAUCGCAAAUGUUGAUAUAAUGUUGAAUCAAAUUUACGAUAUGUUUCGAGAAAUAAUACUAAUAGACAAAGACCCGGACCGAAGUGGAAUCGGAACCAAUAACCGUUCCAUAACCUUUUCAUUAGUUCAAUUAAAAUUAUAAACCGUACAAAAAUUUUACAAAAUUUAUAACACCGGAAUUAUAACUGGACCAAUAAUAUUAUUUCUGGUUUACGAUUUUUUUUUCGAUUUUUUUCUGGUUCUUAAUAUAUAAUUCAUUAUUUUUAUUAUUAUAAUACUUUUAUCUACCCAUAUUAUUUUCUUUAUGAGAUUAUAAGAUUUAACAAACUCGAGCUUUUCAUUAAGAGCACGAAUAUAAUUGGUUACGUGUGAUACUGGUUGCAUACAGGGUGCGCGCUGUUAGUGAUUGAAUCAUUCUAUCUUUAAAUUGUUUUACAUCUAAAAUGUUAAAGAUAGAACGAUAUAAUUGCACUGAUAAUGUGCUUUCCAAACGUAUUCUAGUUACAAAAAUAUCAAAAAUGGAAGAAAACAAAUGUUCAAAUUUAUAUAAAGUUAUAAAAGCUUAUGAAUUUUCAAUUCUGAUAAUAGAGAAGUAUCAUCAAGUAUUAAAAAAAAUGUAAAAUAUAAAGAGAUUAGUAUUAUUUUAAAUAUUUUUAUAUUGUUUUCUCUAUCUUUAUACGUAUAUAUAUAUUUAAAUUAUUCUAUUCCACAUUUUUUGUUGUUCCAUUCUCAAUAAUUUUUACUUUUUUUUCUUUUACGUUUACAGACAGAAUAGAAAUAUAAAGGCACAUUAAAAAUUAUACUGUGUAAUAGAAAAACGAAAAAUGUAGAAAAGGAUAAUUAUAAAAGAACCGUAAUUAUAACCGAAAAAAUUCUAGAAUUUAAACGGUUUCAGUUUUCUUCUUUGGUUAAAAAAACCGAAACUGGAACAGUUAUUUCAAUUAUUUGUUAAAUCGUAACCAUAAUAUUGAACCGAAAUACUCAUUCGGUCCGGGUCCCUACUAACACACAGACGAAAUAACGUUAAUACAUAAAUAUUAAUAUUACUUAACAAAUAUAACAAUUAACGAAUUAAAAACAUUUAUACAAUACAGUAAUAAAAAAAACAUGCACAUGCCAUUAUGUGACAAUGAAAUUGAUUUAACGCAUAAUACGUGCAGUCCACGAACGUAGACGUUCGUAAAAUGUCAAUUUUUUACGAGGCUCUCUUUUCUGUUUUGCUAAAGUUAGAAAUACUUCAUCCAUUGACGGUUGAGUGACUGAAAAGUCUGUGAUCCACACGUAUCUCUGCCUUAGCUUUUCGAGUUUAUCAAACACGUAACUGUACGAAAUGUCAGUCUCUAAUUCGUAUUUAAGAACACCCUGCGGCAAAGCAAAAAUAAAUGUGUAACAACAAUAUACACUGUUAAAUAUCAAAUUUAAAUCAAUUCUUUGAGUUAAAUAACAUUAUGUUAUUUUUAACUUUUAUGUGUGUGUGUCGAAAUUUAUCAUUUUAACACAGAGAACAUGUGAUUAAAAAAAAACAACUACAUUUAAUGAACACGUUUCUGUAGUUGCACUUCUUAGUUUCAAAGUAAGCGUUUAUAAUGUUAAUAUAUGGACUUAAUAAACAAACUAAAUUUGAGUCAAAAUUUAACAUAUUUCUCGAGUUAAAUUUUUUAACUUUAUUGUUUUAGUUAAUUUAACGACGUUGUAUGAAGUAUGAGCAGUGGUGACAUAGGAAUGUUUAAAAGGUGACUCAAAUUGGGUACAAUUCGACAUUACGAAUUUAACAGUGUAUAUCUUAUUAUAUAAAUCUUAUAUCUUAUCUUAUAAGAUAUAAGAUAUGUACGAUUUAUAUAAACAAUGUAUUAUAUAAAUCUUGUAUGUGUAUCUUAUACCUUACUAUACACUAAAUAAAUAUAUAAUAAGAAGUAAA